AUGCGUGUGGUAGAAAAACAUCUUCGUGAUGAAGUCACAAAUCGUUGUAUAGAAUUUCUCGACGUUAUUAUUAAUUAUAUUCUCUAUAUUGAACAAAUUUAUUCUAAUGAUAUUUUUGAAAAACGUUUAAAAUAUAAUCAAAUUGUUUAUGAAUGUCAAGAUACUGAAGUACAAAAUUAUACAGCCGACUUUCUUAAUCAACUAAAACCGUUACUUCGUAAACAACUGAUCGAUCAAAUAGGUUUUGUUAUAACAACAAGAAAUGAGAAUGAUAUUCUUCGCCGAUAUUUAAUUGAAUUGCAUCCUAUCAUUGAUCAUUCAUCGAGUAAAAUUCAUCCGAAUGGAAAUCAUCUGCUUGCUGAACUCGAUUCAAUCUUUUCGGCAUGUCUUAUAGAAUUAAUGCGUCAAAUGCCGAUUAGUCCAAUAAACACAACAACAGAAAAUGAUGAUGAUAAUGAACACGAACAAGUCCGUUGGAAAUUACAAAUGCGUUUAUGUCGUCAUGAAAAUAAAAAAUUUGAAGUUGACGAAACAUUUUAUGAGCAAUUUAAAUUAAUUGAUAAUUGUUUAUUAUCAUUAAAACAAAUCAAAUCUGUACAUUCUGAACGACUUGAUAUUCAAUUGAUGUGUCAAAAUAGAAAACAGCAAAAUCAAUGA